AUGGGAAAUAAAAAUUCAUUGGAACAAAGUGAUGGUGCUGGUGAUGGUGCUUGUGAUUUAAUUCCAGACUUUAAAGAAUUUGACAAAGAUGAAGAAUUUGUAAAUGUUGUUAAAAAUUUUUUAAUAGUUUGUGAAAAAAUAAUGAAAAAAGAAAAUAAAAACUUUUUGGAGAAUCAAAAUGAAUUAAUAAAAUUAAUUUCAAAAACAAUCAAACAAAGUAAAUAUUUUGGGGAAAUUUCAUCAAAUAUUUCCAAAAAUUUAAUUAAUAUAAGAGAAAAUUAUCUAUUGGUUGCCAAAAAUCAAAUAAAUUCUUCAACAAAUAAAGUAGUUAAAGCAUUGGAAUUAAAAAUUGAUAUUGGAAAAGUGGUGAAAAUGGUUAAUGUUGGUAAAGAUCUCAAAAUUGGAGUGCCAAAAUUAAAAGAGAUACAAUCACAAUUAAAAAAUUUUACUGAAAGAAUUAAUUCUCAAAAAGAUAAUUUAUUUUAUAAAAAAUUAAUUAAAUUUUUUAAGUUACAAGGCAAAAUAGAUGAUAAAAAAAAACCUAUUAGUUUAUUUGUAGUUGGUGUUUGUAGUGUCCCAGCUGGAGUUAUUACUGCGUCCGUUGUUAUUACAAUAGGUUUGUCUGCCUUUCCAUUUACAAUUCCGGUUUCUGUUUUUAUAUUAGGCUGUGCAACAACACUAAUUUGUUUAAUAAAUAAAUCAAUCAACACUGGUAGAAUAUAUGAUCAGUUCAUUGAAACAAUUAGUUUUAUUUCAAGUCAACUAGAAGCUUUCAUUUCUCAUCUUUCGAUUUGUGCAAAUGAUUUUUGUAAUGGCUUAACAAAAAGUCUUGAACUGCUAGAAAAAUCGGAUGACAAGGUUGUUUCAAUUGAGCAUGUGGAUGCAAACAUAAAAAUAGUUGAUAAUAUAUUAAAAAAAAUUCAAACAAUUCAAACUCUUUCAAAACAAUUGGAAUCAUAUGAAGAAUGUUUAAAUGUUAAAGGUACAGGAUGGAAUUUCAUGAGAUCAAUUGGAUUUUCAUCUCAAUCACAAUCCUCGUCACCAACUUCAUCAUCACAAUCUAUGGUUAAAAAAUAG